UCUGAGGGCCAGGUAAGGUGUUUGUUAGUAUUCCCAAAGCAGGUGGAGUUUGAACUCUUAAGUCUAAGGGUUAUAUCAUCAGCUGGUAUAAAUUGUCAUAGCUGCUGGAACUAUGAGGAUCUGCCCCCAGGCCUUUAAUAUGUUCUCUGUUCAAAACAUUUCCAAAUGGACUCUUUGAAAUAAAAGUUUUAAAAGUGAUAGUUCACAAGACUAGAUCGUUGAAGACCAUAAACAAAUCUGAUCAAUGGUUUUUCAAAGCCUACUCAUUCAUCAAAUUAUUUUUGUAAAAUCUUUGGUUCAGCUGGAGAAUUUUUGUCAUUGGAGGUGAUUCAUUUUUGUCUAUUAUAUGAACAAUGUCAUGGAGAGGUAAUAGCAAUGAGGGUUGCACUAUGAAGUUUGAGAGGAAGAAGAGUCUUAUGAUUAAUGAACUGGACUGAGUCUCAGGUGAUCUUGAUUCAGUUCCUGCCUCUGCUACAGACUUUGGGCAAGACAUUUAUCUGGCAGUGCCUCAGAUCUCCAUCUGUAAUAUGGCAAUAGCAAGAUUUCCCUUGUCUUAUCUGUUUAGUCCCUGAUCUUGCAAACACUUACUUAUAUACUUCACUUGAAGCAUCUGAGUCAAACAUGUGGUUAGUAUUUAUUGGAUUGGGGCCUUAUACUACAAGCUUGUCAGGGCAGGAACUCUCUCAUACUCUGUUUGUACAGUGCCCAGCACAGUGGAGCCCAACCUUGUUUGGAGGCUCCAGGCACUACUGAAAUACAAAUAAAUAAUUAUAAUAAGGCUGAUUCAGAACACAGUUUUCCUCCUCCUCCCUCUUUGGAAGUGAAAUAUAAAAACUCCUAUGCCUUUGCAUUUUUAAAGUUGUCUCAUUGGCAACUGUUGUAUGUUCUUGGAAAAAACAAACUUAGUACUUUAUGGCCCUGAUUCAGCAAAGAAAGUAAACAACUGCUUAACUUUAAUCCACUAAACACAGUGGGAAAAUUCAUGUGCUUAAGUGCAGUGCUGAAUCAUGGCCUUUGAGAUUAAAAAACUUAAAUUGGUUUAUUUGGAAAAUAUUUGCAAACUAAGUCCCGCCAGUUCUGCAAACACUAAGGCACAUGCUAAACUUUACUACCGUGAAGCAGGCCCACUGAAGUUAGGGAUCAGGGCUUAAUGUUUUUGUCUCUCCCUCUGUUGGCCCAACCAAAUCACUUACCCUUACAAAACUUGACGCGCUGGCAGUGGAUUGUGACAUUGUCUCUUCACUGCUCCAGUUUUCGUGUUCAGGGAUAGUAAAAAUAUAUCCAGUUCUCCAUCAGUGAAUCCAAUGGAGAAAAGAAAAUCAUCUGAAAGUAUUAAAGUGGGAUAGAGGAUUUCAGUGGGACCUAGCCAUUGUGUUAUACUAAGUUACUUAGUGGCUUUAUUGCCAGCCUAUUCAGUUGAAAUGUUAUAGUAUCUUGCAACAUUUACUAUUGCACUGGGGAAGGAAGAGGGAAUCAAUAAACCUUUGGGGGAAAAGUCUGGUAAACUUGCCUUAAGAGGGAAAAUAAUCUAUUAAACCCUUGGGGUGGGGGAUCUGGUAAACUUGCUUUAAGAAGCCCUUUCACAAUUGGAGGGAUGGACUCAAAAUAUCAUAUUCACUUCACCUCUCAUUUAUCUUAUUGCCUCAAUGUCUGCGUGUCUCUUUUCCAGGACAAAGCUUAUUUUGGUUUAGGACAAACAAUGGAGGAUAGAAACAGCCUGUUAAUUGUCUGGAGUGGCUUCAGUUAACUCCCUCAUACUGUACCCAUCUCAGGACUAACAUGUACCAUACAUUUUAUUCCAUACAACAGAAUGAAGAAGCACUGAAAAGUGUUAUCACAGACAUUGGAGAGUAUUAUUUGGUGAAGAAUUUAUCCCUUCAUGAAUUGGUUACGCAUGAAUUUAUCAACACAUUUGUGAAGAAAGGUUCAUGCUAUGCUCUAACAUACAACACAAAAAUUGAUCAAGAUAAUGCUGCUGCUCUACUACCAAGUGGAAAACUAAUUAUAUCAGUAGACAAGGACACGUAUGAGGAGCUUGGACUACAAGGUCGCCCAUCUCAAUAUUCUGGUAAAAAAGUCAUGAGAUAUAUUGUUACCAUUGACUUGACUGACUCAGCCUUUGAUCCUGAUAGUAAGAAACAUAAAAGAGUGCUUUGGGCCUUGAAAGAGAAGAAACCUUUAGAAUUUGACUUCCUGCUGUCCUGGCAUAACACAGGUGCAGAAGGAUCAACACUGAUGUCAUACUUUUCCAAAAACCAAAUACAAGCCCAUCAGCCAAAAACAACAUUCAGCACAUUAAGAAAUUUGCAGUGUCCAGUGUUCCACAGUAAUGAACUGCAAGGAAAGCUGGAAGAGUCAUGCAGUGCACAGGAACUGUUUGAAUGGCUAGGUGCCGUUUGCAACAAAGUUGGUUUAGACAACAAGUCAUUUAGCUUCUUAUCAACCUAUUGCUGUCCUCAGCCCAGCACAGUAGUGGAGCAAGCCUAUUUGUGCACAAUCACUGGCUUUAUACUCCCAGAGAAGAUAAUUCAGUUAUUGGAACAGCUAUGUUGCUAUUUUGAUGAACCGAAAUUGGCUCAGUGGGUGACCUUAACCGUGCAUGGCUUUGCAGACAGCCCUGUUUCCUGGAGAGAAAGUGAACAUGGUUUCCAAAAGGGAGGAGAGAACUUGUACAAUUUUGUUGUUUUUAGGAACCUGGACUAUUGGCUUCAAAUGGCUGUUGGAGCAAAUGAUGAUUGCCCACCUUAAAAGUUCUGCCUGUAGGAAAGUUUCUUAAAAAGAAUUAUCUGAGAUGUGCUUACAAAAAUAUCAGACAAUUAAUUAGCCAUUGAAAGGAUCUAUGUAUAUAGAUCAUGUUAGCAUCUUAUUGCUUCCACAUGACAACUGGAAAAGUCUUGUUUUACUGGAAUGUGUAUUUUUGUCAUAUCUAUUUUUAAUAAAAAGUGAAACAUCUGUUCCUUA